AUGAUGUUGUCCACAAAAUCUGAAUCGGAUAUCACAAGCUUAGCUCCAUCUUCACCUUCAAGGUCUCCAAAGCGCCCUGUGUACUAUGUGCAAAGUCCUUCGAGGGAUUCUCAUGAUGGGGACAAGUCAUCUUCAAUGCAGGCCACUCCAAUAUCAAACAGUCCUAUGGAGUCUCCCUCACACCCUUCAUUUGGGCGUCACUCUAGGAACUCUUCUGCUAGCCGCUUUUCCGGGAUUUUCAGGUCAUCUUCUGGAAGGAAAGGUAGCAGGAAGAGGAAUGAUAAGGGGUGGCCUGAGUGUGAUGUCAUUCUGGAAGAAGGGUCUUAUCAUGAGUUUGAGGACAAGGGUUUCACAAGGCGCUUCCAAGCAUUGAUUGCAGUGUUCACCUUUGUGGUUGUCUUCACUGUGUUUUGCUUUAUCAUUUGGGGCGCCAGCAGGCCUUACAAGGCAGAAGUUGAUGUUAAGAGUUUGACGGUGCACAAUCUCUAUCUUGGAGAGGGUUCAGAUUUCACGGGUGUCCCCACAAAAAUGCUGACAGUUAAUGUCACUCUACGCAUGAGCAUCUAUAACCCUGCUACAUUUUUUGGGAUCCAUGUGCACUCCACACCCAUCAAUCUUGUCUUCUCUGACAUCACUGUUGCCACAGGCGAGCUGAAGAAAUACUAUCAGCCAAGAAAAAGUCACCGGAUGGUAUCAGUGAACGUAGAGGGUACUAAGGUUCCCCUGUAUGGUGCUGAUUCCACCAUAACUUUAUCCCAAACUGGCGUUGAAGUUCCACUCACAUUGAACUUUGAAAUCCGUUCACGUGGAAAUGUGGUGGGCAAACUGGUAAAGACAAAGCAUCACAAGGCAAUCACUUGCCCCUUGGUCAUCAACUCUUCUGGAUCAAAACCUAUCAAAUUCAGAAAGAAUUCAUGCACCUAUGAAUGA